AAACUGAUGAAAGUGAUGGGAAAUUGCUUCAUUAUUUCAGAGCCUCACUCAAAAUAUUUUAUUUCUUUCAGAGACUUGAAGAUAGAAAAUCUGUUGCUAGAUGAAGACAACAAUAUCAAGCUCAUUGACUUUGGACUGAGCAACUGUGCAGGCAUCCUGGGUUAUUCUGAUCCAUUCAGCACCCAGUGUGGGAGCCCAGCAUAUGCAGCCCCUGAACUUCUGGCAAGGAAAAAAUAUGGGCCCAAAAUAGACGUUUGGUCCAUUGGGGUGAACAUGUACGCGAUGUUGACUGGAACAUUACCUUUUACUGUGGAGCCAUUCAGCUUAAGAGCUUUGUACCAGAAAAUGGUGGACAAAGAAAUGAACCCUUUUCCCACCCAACUCUCCACAGCGGCCAUAAACUUUCUACGAUCUCUACUAGAGCCAGAUCCUGCAAAGAGACCAAACAUCCAGCAGGCACUUGCGAAUCGGUGGCUUAAUGAGAAUUACCCUGGGAGAGCACCACCUAAUGUCACAUAUCCAAACAGAAUCCACUUGGAGGACCUCAGCCAAAGCGUGCUGCUCCAUAUGACUGAGAAGCUUGGCUAUAAGAACAGCGAUGUCAUCAACACUGUGCUCUCAAACAGGGCAAGUCACACACUUGCUAUCUACUUUCUUCUUAAUAAGAAGCUGGAGCGCUACCUGGCAAGCCUUAGAAAAUCUGAAGUCCAGGACAAUAUUUGCCACAAGAACCAGCUAUACCAGAUUGACAAGUACAAGGCAAAUAAAGACUCCUAUGAGGUAAAGCUCAUUAAAGCUUCUUAAGGUAUUUGAAAAACAGGCUGAAUUUGAGGAUCUCCAGCAGUUGGGAUUAAGACAAUGAGUUUCUGGAACU